AUGUAUAUCCCUCAAUCAUGAACAGCAACAAAUCCGUGGUUUCUUGGUUUUUUGGUUGAAGCAAAACAUCGAAGCGUGUGAAAGGCCGAAAGGGUGGAACAUAUACAACUGAAAAUCAGAGGGGAAAGCUGACGUGCAGGGCAGGGACAGAGCCACAAGGGCUAGGUGUCUGUGUUGUAGAAGGCUAACCGCUGUUUCCGUGGGCCUUUUUUCUCUUUUAUCUUCUCUCCGGCGAAUCGGAUCCUGUUAGACCACGCUUUUGACGCCAAGGGAUUGCACAGGCCCCAGUCUCUUUAGGCUUGCCGUUAUAACUCUCACAAAGUGACUCGGUGAUCCUUUGGUCUAAUACCGAUUACCAAUAUUCCCUGACCCAUACAUGACACCAAAGAGAUUUGUUUAAAUUGGCUUCGCAAGCAAACAGAUUUGAUCGCUUGAUCUGGGAUCUGGUUUUCUCUAUUUCAGGCUGGUUUUUGAGUGAAGGGAAAAUUGCUACCAAAUUUUGACGAAACAUGAGUGGAGCCGUGCUUGUGGCUGUUGCUGCUGCGGUUGGUAAUUUAUUGCAAGGAUGGGAUAAUGCGACUAUCGCAGGGGCUGUUUUGUACAUAAAGAGGGAAUUCAAAUUAGAGAGUGAACCCACUGUAGAAGGGUUAAUUGUGGCGAUGUCACUUAUUGGAGCCACUUUGAUCACAACUAGCUCUGGAGCCCUAGCAGACUCGAUAGGCCGCCGUCCUCUGCUGAUAAUCUCAUCUGUCCUUUAUUUUGUUAGUGGUCUUGUAAUGUUGUGGUCUCCCAAUGUUUAUGUCCUAUUAUUUGCUAGGCUUUUAGAUGGAUUUGGAAUUGGUUUGUCUGUUACUUUAGUUCCUGUUUAUAUAUCGGAGACAGCGCCACCUGAAAUAAGGGGAUCACUGAAUACGCUUCCCCAAUUCACUGGUUCCGGGGGAAUGUUUUUGUCGUAUUGCAUGGUGUUUGGGAUGUCCUUGAUGAAAUCCCCUAGCUGGAGGUUGAUGCUGGGGAUUAUUUCUGUUCCUUCUCUUGUUUAUUUUGCAUUGACAAUAUUAUUCUUGCCCGAGUCUCCACGGUGGCUUGUUAGUAAAGGGCGGAUGCUUGAGGCCAAGCAUGUUUUGCAGAGGCUGCGUGGCAGAGAAGAUGUCUCUGGUGAGAUGGCUUUACUAGUUGAGGGUCUUGGAGUUGGGGGUGAAACAUCUUUAGAGGAGUACAUAAUUGGCCAGGACAAUGAGCUCGUGGAUGACCAGGAUCAAAUUAAGAUAUAUGCCCCAGAAGAGGGUCUUUCCUGGAUUGCCAAACCUGUCACCGGGCAGAGUACUCUAGGCCUUGUGUCUCGGCAUGGAAGCAUGGCAAGUCGGAGUGGGCUUGUAGAUCCUCUUGUCACCCUCUUUGGCAGUGUCCAUGAGAAGCUCCCUGAUUCCGGAAGCAUGCGAAGCAUGCUUUUUCCACACUUUGGCAGCAUGUUUAGCGUGGGAGGAAAUCAACCUAGACAGGAAGAGUGGGAUGAGGAGAGCCUCGCCAGAGGGGGUGAGGAGUAUGCAUCUGAUGCUGCUGCUGGUGAUUCUGAUGAUAAUUUGCAGAGUCCACUGAUCUCACGUCAGACAACGAGCCUUGACAAGGACUUGGGCCCAGCUCCCCAUGGCAGUCUUGUGCAAGGAAGCACUGGAGAUGUCAUGGGGAUUGGUGGUGGUUGGCAGCUGGCAUGGAAAUGGUCUGAGAGAGAAGGGAAAGAUGGGAAGAAGGAAGGAGGUUUUAAAAGAAUUUAUUUACACCAAGAGGGUGUACCUGCAUCUCAGCGUGGGUCUCUAGUUUCUGUUCCUGGUGGUGAUGUAGCAACAGAUGCUGAGUUCAUCCAUGCAGCUGCUCUGGUGAGUCAACCUGCUCUUUAUUCCUCAGAGCUUAUGCAUCAGAAGCCAGUUGGACCAGCUAUGGUUCACCCAUCAGAAACUGCUGCAAAAGGACCAAGUUGGAGUGAUCUUUUUGAACCAGGAGUGAAACACGCAUUGGUUGUUGGGGUGGGAAUUCAAAUACUUCAACAGUUCUCUGGAAUAAAUGGGGUUCUAUACUACACACCUCAAAUUCUUGAGCAGGCAGGCGUUGGAGUUCUUCUUUCAAACAUAGGCAUUAGUUCGGCUUCUGCAUCUCUGCUCAUUAGUGCACUAACGACUUUGUUGAUGCUUCCUUGUAUAGCUGUUGCCAUGAGGCUCAUGGAUAUAUCUGGCAGGAGGAGUUUGCUUCUCAGCACAAUCCCUGUAUUGAUAUUAUCUCUCGUAAUCUUAGUCAUUGGAAGCCUUGUGGAUAUGGGAAGUGUCGCGAAUGCAUCAAUCUCAACUGUUAGUGUUGUGCUUUACUUCUGCUGCUUUGUCAUGGGGUUUGGACCAGUCCCCAACAUAUUCUGUGCAGAAAUCUUCCCCACUCGAGUUCGAGGCAUCUGCAUUGCCAUAUGCGCCCUCACAUUUUGGAUAGGUGACAUCAUUGUCACCUACACACUCCCUGUGAUGCUCAAAUCCAUUGGCCUUGCUGGUGUCUUUGGCAUGUAUGCAGUUGUGUGCCUCAUAUCGUGGGUGUUUGUUUUCAUGAAAGUCCCGGAAACCAAGGGCAUGCCCCUGGAAGUGAUUACAGAGUUCUUCUCUGUUGGUGCGAAGCAGGCUGCAGCCAGCCAGAACAACCGACAUGAUCACUGAUGGAUUGAAAUUUUGGAUGUGUUUUAAUCUUCAUUUGGGUUCUUUUUACAUCUAUUUCUUGGUGUUUUCUGUAAAAAAGAUCUUUUUGUUUUUUCGGUUCGCUUGUUAGUGUAUACCUGUUAUGAAUGACUUCAAAGUUGCUUGCUC